UGCCAGGGAUACCACUCUAAGCUAAUCGUUCCAAUCACUUCUCGGUUCUCAGUUGUGUUUCGUUUACUUGGAACGAGUGCAAGUGACGUUGAUCAGAAGAAAAGAAAAAUAAUGCGAUCCUGUUACUUAUGUAGAAGAAAUGCAGCUGAAAAUAUUUCUUUGCACAAAUUUCCAAAAAGAUUACAAUUAUCUAAGAAAUGGAUCGAAGCUUGCGGACUGCACGAAAAAGACGAUGUGUCCCAUUUGUUUAUUUGUUCAUCUCACUUUAGAUUACCUCGUGAUUUAUUUCCGAAAGAGAGGUUACCUCCUGGAGCUGUACCUACUUUAGGCAUUCCUAAUAAUGCAGUAGUAAAUGCAACAAGUUCGUCAGAAAUAGCUUCGCUACAUUAUCGAGCGAAACAACUAGAUUCGCCAAGCACUGUAGACAGUCAAAGUAUAUCCAAAGUAUAUCCUAAGUAUCCUAAAGUGAAAGUUACGUCUUUAACUGUAUCCAAGGUAACGGAGUAUGAUAGUGCAGUUCAGCGAGUAUCGGAAGCUUCUACCAUUCAUGCAGACAUUCCUAAUACUGUGAUAGUAGAUGUAGCAAGUUCACCAGAAAUAGCCUUACUGCAUCAUAGAGCAAAUCGAUCAUCAAAUUUGCCAACAGUGGAAAAUAAAAGUAUGUCCAAAUCAUCUCAAGUGGCAGAGUACGAUGAUGCGGUUCAGCAAGUAUCAGAAGUUUCCACUUCUCGUUUAGAUUACAUUUCUGAAGAGAACUGUUUUUCUCGGACAAAACGCUUGUUUGCAGAACCAAGAUAUGUUUCAGAAAUUACUACGUCUGAUGUUGAUACACCGAGAAAAGCAAAAAGAGUUCUCGAGUUUGUUAAAAAAGUGGAUAAAAAAAAAUGCAAGCGAAUAAAGUGUUUACAAAAUCAAAAGAGGAGACUGUUAAAGCAGAUUGCUGCAUUGCAAACAUUGGUAUCUCAUUUAAAGGAAAGGAGAUUAGUAAUUAUAAGCCGUGCCGUGGAAAAAUUGUCAACGAAAACUAACGAAUCAACAAAAUUGCGCAUUUCCACGUACAUUGUGGAUAAUACUAAAGGACUUCCAAUCAGCGGCCUACAAGUCGGUUUAUACAAACUGAUGGACGGAGAAUGGACUUUUUUGAAUGAGUGCAAUACAAACAUGAAGGGCCUUUUCAUCAAUCCACUAGGAAAAAUGGACUGCACGAUCGGUCGUUACAAGCUACGCUUUGACGUUGAUAAGUAUUUCACGUUAAGAAGAAUAGAAACUAUGAUUCCGUUUAUUGAAUUUAUAUUCGACGUGAAAAAUGUGAAUAGUCAUUAUCACGUGUUACUUUUAUUGAGUCCGUUUAGCUACACGAUUUACGGUGGCACCUAGAUUUUCGCGUAUGGUAGAUGAUGAUCGAAAGGACACUCUUUGCAUUAUAUUAGAAGAAUAUUUGCUAUUUAUAUAUUUUGAAAUGCUGAGGGUUAUCAAUAAGAUAUUGCUGAAAAGCAGUUAAAAAUAAAAUUAUAAAGGUAAGAUAAAUUUGCACCAAAGAUAUUCCAUUGAUGAUUUUUACGUUAAAAUAUAUUUUAAUAAGUUACGUUUUAUUUGCACCGUCUUGAGAAACGUCUUGGAGUGCCUAAAUGUAUUAUUUUAAAAGUUCCUUGAAAUCUUUUUACGUUGAGAAAAUAUAUGUCAAUAUUAAUAUGUUGUGUCAUAACUCUGAUGGUUCCACAAACUCGUAUAUUUUCUAUUUUUCACAAAAAAUUUCGAGGAAAACGCAGAAAUCUUGCCAAGUCGGCCAGUUUUGUUUGCAUCACUUUUUUAUAUCUACAAAACUGUAAUGAAAUUCGAAAAAAGUAAUAAACAUACUUUUCUCC